AAUUCGUGCAGAAAAUUAGACGAGUCGACGCGCCGGGACGUGGACGAUGACGGCUUCUCUUUGGUAACCGUGACCAGCAUUUCCCUUCAAGAAAGCACCGGCAGUACCUUCGCGGAAUCCGUCUACUCGAAUUGGGAAGAGAAAUUCGCGUGUCGCGCAUUACAGAGGCGAGGUCGCACCUUCAACUACCGAAGAAGGAAGCUGUACGUCGGCGAUGGGAUCUUUAGCGCACCGGCUGGCAUCUGUCCGCGUAGCAUCACCUCAUCGAUCAUUCGUCGUAAUACAGGGGAUUCUAGACUUGUAUUUAUCUGGCCGCAAAAAGCCAGUAAGAGCCGACUGUCGAAUAUUCUCGCACCUUUGUUGCGAAGUGCCCUGAUCGGCCUAUUGUUCGUAGAUGCUCUUCAUCUGUGGCCCGGAGAAUUUUUACCCACGUCGCUACCAUCAAAUAUGCUAAUCUCCUUACCGCCUGUCAAGUGCAACGUUAUCGAACCACGUUGGUUCGAUAAUAACUGAGUUGCUACCGAUUACGUCAUUCUUUAUUACAAACACUUAUAUAUUCCCUAAUCACGAUUUUGUCACGAUUUUUCAUGAAAUAUAUACAAUGUUUUCAAUAAAACAUUAAUCAAUAUAAUAUUAUUUCAUUGCGUAAACUUGUUUGAUUUCUUAAAUUGAUUUAUAUGGCGGGAAAGAAAUUUAACAACAAGGAAACUCCAGAUAGGAAGUUUAACGAAAAACGAGUCCGUUGUCGCAAUGUAUAUUUAGACUAUAAUUCGACAUCAUCCAGCAAAAACAGUUUCAUACUGACAAUAAGAGAUACCGGACUUCAUCAUCAUAACGAAAGGAUGAAUUAAAAUCAGUG